AUGUCGACAAACUCGAACGACUCUGAUUUGCGGAACCUACCCGUGUUACCGACGGAAGUAUGGGAGCAGGUAAUCGACUGGAUGCCUAUUGUGAGCUGGUAUCGUAGGGACCUUAUCUCGUGCGCGUUGACUUGUCGUGCAUGGCUCCCCAGGAGCCGCAUCUAUCUCUAUCGCAAGGUUACUCUCAGAAAUGCCAGGCAUCUACGAGCAUUUGUGCAGUUGCUCAAGGCAGAAGUGGGACUCAACCCAUGCGUGGAGGAGCUUCAUUUAGAAUACCCCCUAUCGAGCGGACACCCUCCAACGCGCGACUUUUUGGGCCUAUCGUUUCCCUUGAUGCUCGCUCGGAAACUCACUAUGAUCAAGUUAUUACGUCUCAGCUACAGUGGAGGAACUUGGGCAUUCCGCCCUCCUGUUCCGGAGUUCUGGGUGGCAAUGGGCGAAUUCAAGUCUGUGACUACUUUAUAUCUUGGGAAACUCCGAUUUCCCACAUGGACGACAUUCGGCCAGCUGGUAUCGUCGCUUCCUAACCUGUCUGUCCUCAUUUGCGAAAACAUAACAUCCCCGCUGGACAAGUACACACCGCAGGCAUUUGUGCCAGGUUCACCAGUAAAGCUAAAGCACAUCGCGUUGCAGCAAAUCGAUAUUACAAACAAUGUUGUCGGAAGUUUGCUCGCAUGUACCCCAGUGUCUGGCGUGGAACGGCUUGUUAUCGACACGAUUCAUGUGGAGCAGGUGGAACAUCUGGCUAAGUUGUUGGACGCUGCAGGCGGGUCGUUACUUCACUUGGAGAUCUCAGUCUCCCGCGGCACGCAGAAGAAACCACUGGAAGUUGCUAUAGAGGAUCACCGCUUUGUGAUGUCAAACACCUCUUUGCAAAGUGUUCGCUUCAGAAGGUGGGAUGACGGUGGUUGGAUCGCAAUGCUUCUCUCGCACUUGAAUUCUCGCACCAUUUCUACCGUGACAAUCGUCUUCAAUUCUUACGAGAUUAGCGAUUGGCUGCUCGACCAGCUGGACUGUAACCGUCUCGACGAGGCGUUGUCACAAUCCAAAUAUGCUGAACUCCAGAGCCUUGUGUUUGAGUACGACUGGUCGUUGGCGGCGGGUAGGGUGAGGUAUCUUGAAAUGGAGCUUCAGCGACGGUUACCGCGCGCUUUUAAACGAGAAAUACUAGUUGUCAAGCGUACGCCAACCAAGGAAUGGUGGGAGGCCUGA